GAUAUGUUGACAUCAUUUAUAACCGCAAAUACUCCACGUGAUAUCAAUGUUGAAAGACAUGUCGAUGCUGAUUUGUUGAGACCAAUGACCGACAAAGAGAUUUGCGGAAAUUUACUCGAUGCUAUGGUUGCAGGAACUGAUACUACGGCGAAUAUGCUUUGCUUUGUCAUAUAUUUUCUUGAAAAAAAUCCUGAAGUGAAACAAAAAUUACGACAAGAAUUUGAUUCGAUUCUCGGAAAUGACUUAACUAAACCUAUGACAUUAAAAAAUAUUGAAGAAUUAAAAUAUUGCGAUGCAGUUAUUAAAGAAGUAUUUCGUCAUAUUCCUGUAGCAUUUUCGUUAGGUCGUUUAAGUAUUGAAAAUGAUAUGGUUGGAGGAUAUAAUUGGCCAAAAGGAACUCAAUUUCAAAUACAUACAUCUGCAUUAAUGAUGCGUGAUGAUUAUUGGACUGAUCCCGAAAAAUUCGAUCCAGACAGAUUUUACAAAGUUGAAGAAAGUGAUAAAUAUUUACUUGAAAAACAACAUGCUAAAAAUUCUUUUAUGAUGUGGGGAGGUGGAAUUAGAAUUUGUCCAGGAAGAAAAUUGGCAAUCACAGAAUUAAAAUGUUUAAUACCUUUGAUUUACAGGAAGUAUGAUCUUGAAUUAAGAUCACCUCUUGAAUAUAAAUCUGAAAUUCUUACAUCUUGUGAAAAAUUAUUAGUUAAAGUUAAACCAAGAAAAUUCUAAACAAAUUAGAAAUUUUCAAUUAUUUAUUAAUUUUUACAUAUAGAAUAGCAUAAUUUUAUAUUAU